CAGCUUGGUACAGAUGCACAGAUGGGCAAAGCUUCUCGACGACAAGAUGGCCACCAAGCUGAGAAGGCGCCAUGCAAACCGAGCAACGCUGAAUCGGGUGAAAAAGAACCAAGGAAAGGUAGCUGGGUACCUUCCAUCACCUGGCUAUUUGUCCUCGCAGUGGCGCUGAUCUACCGCUUCGUCGACGAGCGACAGAUUUCCACACGAGAACUUCCGCUUCCAAGCGAUUUAUUUGUAGUGAGCUACCCCAAGAGCGGGAACUUUUGGGUGCGAUUUCUUCUCGCACACACGUGGCUCUACUCUCAGCCAGGCGAAUCCAACUGGCACCGAGAGAUAGACUUCAACUCCAUAGAGCGCACCAUCCCGGACCUGGAGUACGGCCCUAACCGCCGCGAUUACCAACUCCACGACAAGUUCCGCGCCUUCAAAAGUCACCAGCCGUUCGCCCCGAAAGCGGUUGCCGGUAAAUGCGCCGACACUGUGGGUACCAUGGACGACCACCAGUGCGCGUGCCCCAACUGCCCACCUAAGUGGCGCCGGAUUUUGCACCUCGUUCGAGAUGGGCGAGACGUAAUGUGCAGCUAUUACCACUUCCGUAUGGGCCUCAACAACUUGGAUCCUCCCGACAUGGGGUUUGAGGAAUUCUUGAAGGCAGACACAUAUCCUGGGUUCACCUGGGCUGAGCACGUCAACAGCUACCUGGACCUGAAGGGAAAUUCUUCCUACGACGUCCUCACGGUGAAAUACGAAGAUCUUCAUCGCGCGCCGCUGGAAACGCUGGUAGAGGUUUCUAAGUGGGCGGGUCUGGACCACAGCGAAAAGGUUCUCCAGCGGGCGAUUGUCCGGUCAAGUUUUAAAAGCAUGCGUAGAAAGGAGGAGGCACGCGGUCUGCUCAUUUUCGACGAAAAGUACCCCGACCGCGACAAGAGCUGGAGGAUGACGCGCAAAGGGGAGGCGGGUGGGUGGGAGGAGUGUUUUACUUCACCUGCUUCCAAGGACAUAUUUAACGAGCUGGCGUACGACACGCUGUUUGGCCUGGGAUACGUGCAAGACAAACGCUGGUAG